AUGGAUGACGCUGCCAUCCUCAAGCGACGAGGCUACAUCCUGGGGAUAAAUUUGGGAGAGGGCUCAUACGCAAAAGUCAAGUCUGCUUACUCUGAGCGCCUGAAGUUCAACGUGGCGGUCAAGAUCAUCGACCGCAAGAAAGUCCCCACGGACUUCUUGGAGAAAUUCCUUCCCCGGGAAAUUGAGAUUCAGGCCACGCUAAACCACCGCUCCAUUAUCAGGACCUACGAGAUCUUUGAGACCUCUGAUGGCCGCAUCUACAUCAUCAUGGAGCUCGGGGUCCAGGGCGACCUCCUCGGGUUCAUCAGAACCCGGGGAGCCCUGCACGAGGAUGAUGCUCGCAAGAAGUUCCACCAGCUCUCCUCAGCCAUCAAGUACUGCCAUGACUUGGACAUUGUCCACCGAGAUCUCAAGUGUGAGAACAUCCUCCUCGACAAGGACUUCAACAUCAAGCUCUCUGACUUUGGCUUCUCCAAGCGCUGCCCGAGGGAUGACAGUGGCCGACUGAUGCUAAGCAAGACUUUCUGCGGGUCAGCAGCUUAUGCAGCACCCGAGGUGCUGCAGGGCAUCCCCUACCAGCCCAAGGUGUGUGACAUCUGGAGUCUGGGUGUGAUCCUCUACAUCAUGGUCUGUGGCUCCAUGCCCUACGAUGACUCCAACAUCAAGAAGAUGCUGCGCAUCCAGAAGGAGCACCGCAUCAACUUCCCCCGCUCCAAGAACCUGACGGGCGAGUGCAAAGACCUCAUCUACCACCUGCUACAGCCAGACAUCAACCGGCGGCUGCACAUCGAGGAGAUCCUCAGCCACUGCUGGGUGCAGCCCAAGGCACAGGGCCUGUCCUCUGGAGUCAUCAACGAGGAGGGGGAGAGCUCCCGGGGUGCUGAGCCCUCGUGGACCCCUGAUACUCCUGAUACCCCAGCCACCAAGCUGGAGCUCCAGGAGGAAGCACGGUCCGAGACACGGCCUGAGAUACAGUCCGAGUCAAAACCUGAUGAGACGAUGCAAAUGCGGGUGUCAAGGCAGUCAGAUCCCACGGGCCUUAAUGGCGAGCUGCAAAGCAGGGAAACAGAGGAGGGGGUUCCCUCACGGCCUCCAGAGACACACACCUAG